AACUCUUCAGAGCGCAUACAUUCUAUACUUCCUUUUGCUAUGCCAUUCCCGGUGCAUCGAAGCACAGCCUGUGGUGGAUGGCCCGAGCCCAAAACCGACACAGUCAACACACAGACAGACGGUCAACGGCUGCUGGCGCGGCUCCAUCCGUUUAUGCGCAUGUCCUUUCCAUAUGCAUGUAUAGCCAACAGGCCGGAUGAUAUGUUAUUGGUUUGGCACCACACAGGCAUCCCGUUGUUGCGGCGAUGAAGCGAGAUGAGAUCUCAGACUCCAGCAAACCUGACAUAGAGUGGGUACAUAUUGUCAUCUGUAUUUCGUGGUGCAUGAAUGACCAAGAUAUCGGCUUCGCGUAAAGAAUCGGAUUGCACGUCGUCGUAGACAUUAUUCUCUUGGAUCAUCUCGACCUGAUACGCGACACCCGUGACGGACGAAGAAGUAAAUUAAUAGUGUCGGAAGUGCAAGUGAAGGGAAAAUCGAAGAAGAUAGACAGUGAUUCUGGAUUGUUGUCAUGCUAUGAGAUAAGCAUCGGGAUGUUAUCCGAUGAUAGUUUAAGCGUUUCUAAAUUUAGUUUACUGACUAACGCGAGAUGAAGAUAUUGAAUGUCUAGCUGGUGUCAAGUUCAGUUGUGAGGAUUUCUGUUCAGUAAAUUAAAUGUAUUGUGCUAAAUCGUUGGAGAUUUACGCUGAACCAGAAGAUAGUGAUUGAAGGAUUAAUACCGGCAGUGUCUUGUCAUUUUUUUGCGUGUCAGAUUGUCAAUGCUCAUUUGUGGUGCGGCGAGCUGUCUAAAAAAAGAGUGAUUUUACUCAGCAUUAAGAAAACUGAGACACAUUAAUUUGAUUAGAGUGACAUAGUAAAGAACCAGUUAGUAACAUACUAACCAAUAUGCGACGCGACGAAACUUACAGGCGUAUCACGCGGGAGAAGGUGGUGGUUCGAGGAAAUACGACCAUCAGGACACUCGAUUCCACCGUAUCGUUUUUGCCUAUCGUUGAAUCCUCGCAACCUUCCACGUCCAGUUUCCAGCAUAUGGCCCGGAUGAUGGACACGCUGAUACUGGAUAAUUUAGCGCCGUUUGCGUUCACCAAAAUUACCACCACCCAUCGGCCGUCAAGGAUAUCUGGCUCGAACGGCGACGGCCCGGGAGGUGCCCCGAUGGGCGUCGAAAGUGGAUCGCGAAUGGGUGGCCACGGCGGAAGAAUGGGAGGUCCCAUAAUUGGUGGAGGUGUUAAGAAGGCAACCAGCACGUCCAACGUGGCGGCCAGCUGUGGUCCGGGAGGACUCGGCGCUAGUGGCGGUGGCGGCUCGAUACGUGUCAACCUGCAUAAGAAUAAAAUUCCCACACAAGGUCAGCAUACUGAUUAUGCUACUUCUACAGCGGGCUUACAGGAAGUUCACCCAAACCCUCGCCAUGCCGCUAUGGCUUCCAACGCCGCCUCACCUCCAACGGCAACGGACUCCCGCUGGAUUUCCUCGCUUCGCCGUCGGGACCCAGAACUGCAACCAACACUGCCUUCAAUCAAUAACUCCAAUCACCACAACAGUACCUCAUCGCUUACGCACCAACACAGUGUCGGGUACACUAGCUCAACCAAUGCGACGCCGACGGAACGGCGAAGCAGUAGAACCAGCGGCCAGAAGUCCUCGUUGCGCAAAAGCCGAUCGGUAGAACGAAUCCGAGCGCGAAAGCUGGCCACUUCGAAGAUCAAGGAACGCCCGAAAAAAUCUUCCUCAGAGGAAGGCGGAGGAUCAGACGACCAAGAAGCCACAUCGGUGGAAGAGAACUCCCCGCAACAGCAGCACUCGCCGGUGAAACGGAUCGACAAGUCCAAGAUAUUCUCGCCUAUUGGAUAUGAAACGCAUCUGGUGGAUACGCUGGAAAAGGACAUGCUACAGAAGAACCCGAAUGUUCAGUGGAAUGAUGUGGCCGGUUUGAAUGAAGCGAAGGCAAUUCUUCAGGAGGCGGUAGUGCUUCCAGUUAUCUUGCCGGAUUUCUUCCGCGGAAUCCGACGCCCCUGGAAGGGUGUUCUGAUGGUGGGACCGCCUGGAACGGGGAAAACCAUGCUGGCGAAGGCCGUAGCGACGGAAUGCGGCACAACGUUUUUCAACGUAUCGUCGAGCACCCUGACGUCCAAGUAUCGCGGAGAGAGCGAAAAGCUCGUGCGAUUGCUGUUUGAAAUGGCGCGGUUCUACGCUCCCAGUACGAUUUUCAUUGAUGAAAUCGAUUCGCUGUGUGCCUGCCGGGGAAACGAUUCCGAGCACGAGGCUAGCCGGCGUUUCAAGGCGGAGUUGCUCAUACAGAUGGACGGAUUGAAUGCUGCCAAUGAUGAAAAAAUCAUCAUGGUCCUGGCGGCAACCAACCACCCGUGGGACAUCGAUGAAGCCUUCCGGAGACGAUUCGAGAAGCGAGUCUACAUCGGUCUUCCCAACGACAACACUAGAAAGGCCCUGCUGGAACUUUGCCUGAAGGGUGUCAACAUGUCACCCGAUUUGGAAACCGAAACCAUAGCUGACCAGUUACGAGGUUAUACCGGUUCGGACAUCGCCAAUGUUUGUCGCGAUGCCGCCAUGAUGGCAAUGCGGAGGCACAUCAACGGUCUGACGCCGUCGGAAAUUAAGAUGAUCCGAAGAGAGGAGGUGGACCUACCGGUUACGGCACAGGACUUCCAGGAUGCGAUGGCCAAAACGCGCAAGUCGGUGUCGGCCAACGAUGUCGCGCGUUAUGAGACGUGGAUGGAUGAGUACGGGUCAUGCUAGUGCUACAUAUAAGCUCAAAGGAAACUUUCGGGAUAUGACAGAUUUCCAGAUCACUACAAAAAACAGCACAUUCAGUAAUAACGCCCAAUUUACAAGACAUUCACGACCGCUUUAAACUCCAUACAUCUGUUGUGUUCAUUUCCAACCUAAUGAUUUAACCCAAAUCUUAAAAUACCAUAUAAAUUUGUUACCAUAUUGAUGCUUAAUGGAGUGAAAUAAAAUUCGACCACUAAUCUCAAUCUAAAUAAGCGUUGGUAAACUAUAAGUUGUAUUACGAUCUCAAAACUACGUAAUGAAAAAGGAACAGCUAUUAUUAAGAGUACAAUGUUGAUUUUGUCAGUGGAAUAGAUAAAUGAAUUCACAAAUAA